AUGGUAACUUGCAAGGAAGAAAAGUCGCGGGAAUCAACACCAGAGGAGCAAAAGCGCAUGCUAUACUGGAAACGAAGUCCUAUGACAGACCUAGAGGAUUACGCUGUUAUGGACGGUAUUCCACAUUACAUUAUAAAUUGACUCUUGGUAACAAAGGUGACGCUGGCGAACCAAUCAACGAAUAUCAGCUGGAAAGAAUAAUGGAAGAACUGAAAGCCCUGCGCAAUGCCAGAGGAUCAGCUCGUUAUGUACGACCGAGACGAAUGCUUUACUGGCGACGUUAAUCGUGCAAGAAGUGUCAACUCGCCGCUUAAAGUGCAAGUAUCCUUAUAUAAAGAUAACUGCUAUUUGAGAGCUGUAAAAUAUGUUUUAAACAAUCGUAGGCUAAGUCAUUUAGCAAUUUAACUUUUCUACAGUCCGGAGUAUGUAAAUUUACAGAAACUACUGUGUGACCAAUAGUAGAAAAGUAUGUAAGUUACUUAUUUUUUUAUAAAACUGGGAAGUUUUGGUCUACAAUUUCAUGAGUGGCGCCAUAAAAAUAGUUGUAUUUUUCCAAACGCAAGCAAUAUUGUAAGCGAACCAUAAAUGCUUUCAUUUCUAGCAGAACCAGUUUCAAAAAGUGAGGGCAUGUAUUUCUAACGCAUGUGUGUCAUAGGCGAUAUUUCGCAAAAGAUGCCUUUUUGUUAUAACUGCGUUUUUAUUUUAAUCAACUUGUUAGAAAUAUGUCAAUCUUCGUCCAUUUAUGCAAGUUGAAUCCUGCGUUUUAUCUCAUUUAGACUUCUGUAUCGCCAGACUCAUUGUGUUCUUCCCUGAAAGCGAAGAUGCUCCCAUUUUAUAA